GGUUGCCCCUGGUUACCGCCAUCGCCUAGCAACGGCUUCGUAAACAACUUGACAACGGCGCUUCCUAUCGACCGGCGACCCUCUUCCCCGAGUGGAUUUGGUCGCUUGCAACGUCAAGGAAGGCGGAAGUCGUUCCGUGAUGAAUCCGAAGACAAUGAGCCGGGCAAGGUCGUGGAGCGAGGUGGUGGAGGACCUUUACCGCUUCCAGCAGGCGGGCUACCGUGACGAGACGGAGUACCGCCUCGUCAGGAAUGUGGCCGAGGUGGACCGCUGGCCAGACACAGGCUACGUGAAAAAACUUCAGAGGCGUGACAACACGUUCUAUUACUACAACCGCCAGAGGGAGUGUGAGGACAAGGAGGUUCACAAAGUCAAGGUGUAUGCCUACUGAGAAUGGGUCUACUUUCAUGACAGCAACAUGUAUCAUAUUGAUUGCCUCUACAUCUACUUUGAAGCAAUGUAAAUGUGAAAUGCUUUUAUUAGGAUCAUUGGUAGAACUGCCUUAGCGAAUCUCACUUGCUUUUUUUUAAAUGUGGAUUACAGAUUAUGUUGACCUCAUUGAUAUAAAUAAUGCAUGUACUAAUGGUGACUUGUUAAUAAAUUCAUACUUAAAUGUUA